AUGUUGCGCAUUAAGAAUGCAAUUCUGGGUGAUUAUAGUGCAGCAGAAGCGCUACCCACAGUGACAGAAGGAGAAGCAGCUGAACAGUUUCCUGCCCUGCUAUCUCCAACGAUAUCAGUCCAUCAUGACAACACACCAAGUCAGGUUAUCCCUCAGUGGCUUCGUGAACUCAACAGCUCGCGCGCGAUGAGACAUAGCCGUGCUUCUUCCAUUGUCUCAACCCGAACCAAAUUCUCUACCAACACACUUCAAGAGGAUACCCGAAGCAUUGAUAUAAAUGUUGCUGGCCAAUAUUUUCGGAUCAGUCGUGAUGGCUCUCGCAUCACAGUCGAUGACCCCCCUCCUUAUACAGGUCCUGGUGUGACAGUACGUUUCCGGAGCGGGCAGAUGGCUCCUGUAGCUCGGAGUGACUGGAGUGAGGCCACGCAGGGCGAUGACAACGACGACGAGCUGUCGGAUACGGAGCAUGGAGCAAGAACUCCUAGGUCAACCUCUACGACUAUCGAUACAAACACACUCGUUGGCGCCAAUAUUCUCGAUCCAUCAGAGUUCGAAAUGCCAUCGCCAGUAGGCCCCGACCAGCUCAGCCAUCGGUCUUCAACUAGAACACUGGUGGGAUCCGGGAGCCAUGACGAUCUCGGCGUCUCAGAUCACUCGCAAGGCUCGUUUGCAAACCAUGGUGAUGAUGCAAGAUCAAUGCAAAGGCUAUGGGAACGAGCACCGAUCUCGCGUGCCACGAUGCCUCCUCUUAGGGCUCCGACUGUGCAUUCGUUACCAGCCACACCGAACAGACGUAUGCAAUUACCUGCUCUUGUAACAUCUAACAGCACAAGGACAAUCUCGAAUCCUGCAUCUCGGCCUUUGUUUCCGAGGACCGAGGAUGUUGCAACAAUUCCUCAAAUUCAGUCUGCAGGACCAGUCUUAUCUCGACUUCCCGACGAACGCGAGCCCCGGUCUCCAGACUACAUCGGCCACAAUGCAAGAGGCAUAUUCCCAUCGAUGACCAGGUCAACUGCCCUUCAGGUGAGUGGUAUGCCCAAUAGACCGUUCGAAAUGGGAGCAAAUAGAGGGUCAAGGGCGGGGUUCUUGGGCGUCGAGGAAAGUUCAGACCCUCACACUCCAUUGUCAAUGGACACAGAGAACGACAUCAGCAUGCACUAUGCCAGCAUGAUGCGCAAGCUGGACUAUGAGCACCGCAAGGCAUUGCAUCUCAAGGACAAGGAACUGGCAGAUAUGCGAGUACGAUUGCAUGAGAAAGACACUGUGCUCAGGCAGCAACUCCGUGCUAAGGACUUUAUGAUUGAUGAUCUCAAACAGCGACUGAGCAACCUCGAAGAGAACGUCGAUGGGAUGCUUGAAAAGGCACGCAAUCAGGUCGAAGACUUGUGGGAAUGUCGCUGGAAAGACCGUGACUUCCACCUCCGGGAACGAAUGAGGCGUAUAGAAGAGGAUGCACAUAAAAUGAUUGAGAAGUUUCGAGCCGGGCAAGCGGAGGCAAACGACACUUCCGUGCCUUCGGCUGUGGCGAACUGA